GUUUGGCUUUUGGACGCGUCUAUGGUGAUAGUCGACCACAUUUAGUGGUAGGCUACGUUACACACAGUGAAUGAUUUACUGCAGGUUUAAUAUAUGUUCUGUGUAUUGAUCGGCUCGAAUGUCACUGAAGUAACAGUAAUAAUAUUACCACCGUGUACAUAGACGUUAACUUGUUGUAGAGAAGCUGAGUUUAGGUUAUUAUUACUAGGUUAUUAGCUCAGGAUGGCUUUAGUACCUUACGAUGAAAGCAGUGCUGUACCUGCACUUGCAAAACUACGCGAGUCCUCCGCCGAGUUCCACUUUGCCAACCACAGCGUGCGUCUGACACAAGACUGGAACCGUUUGGGUGUCGCCGCGGUCGUCUGGGAUGCCGCUGUAGUUCUGUGCAUGUUUAUGGAGCUGGGACACGUUGAAUUGAAGGGAAAGACUGCAAUUGAGUUAGGAGCUGGCACAGGCCUGGUAGGCAUAGUGGCUACUCUUCUGGGGGCCAAUGUCACCAUUACUGACAGGGUACCUGCGCUCGAGUUUCUGGCUGCCAACGUGCAUGACAACAUUCCUCCGUCCCUGCAAGGGGCAGUGAAGGUGUCUGAUCUGACCUGGGGGGAGGGCCUCGAGAACUAUGAGGCUGGCGCCUAUGACCUCGUUUUCGGGGCCGACAUUGUGUACCUGGAGGAGACAUUCCCGGCCCUGCUGCGGACACUGGAACACCUGAGCUCGGAACGUACGGUUGUGCUGCUCUCCUGCCGCCUGCGGUACGAGCGCGACGAGAGGUUCCUCGGCCUGCUGAAGAGGAAGUUCACCGUGAAGGAGGUCCACUAUGACGGCCAGAGGGACAUCCACAUCUACAAGGCCACUAGGACUGCUGACAAGAGAGAUCUAUGAAGCCUGGGUGUCUGGUUCAUAGACAGCAGAGACCCAAGAGAUUAACAGUGCUGUACUGAAUCUGAUAGAGACUGACUUUUUACUCUAUGGACAUCAGUUGGUUUAUGUUUACUGCUUUUACAUAAGAAAUGACUGCUAAUUUAACUACUCUGUUGGUGGUCUUAUGGACUUUCUUUGACCAAGGCAGACACAUGAAGGGGCAUACUAAAAAUGAUUAAUGGCAGACAGCUUACGAUUUUUUAAAUUUCUAUUAUUAUUUUAAUCUAAGGUAGUUAUACAAGUGCACUACAAGUUUACCACCUUUGUUGCCUUUUUGUCCAAGUGGUGAAAAGUAGCUUUGAUGGCAUUCUGUGGGCAUUCUGCUACUGGGGUUCAUCAUUUCAUUUUGUUCUUUUAGUUUAGCUGUCCAUCCAUUUCGGUUCACAGUUCACAGUUUGUUCAUAUUGUGCAGAAGAUGAUCCAGUCAAGUGAUCUUGAUGAAACUGAAGACACCACACCAGCGUUAACCAGUCUGCCAUGUUGUGAAAAUGUCUCCAUUUCAUCUCUGCCUGCCUAUCCCUUUCCGUCCCUCUGUCUUGAGUGGACAUUGAGGAACACCUCUGCUAUGCCACAAUAUGUCCAGUGGAUGGCAGCAACGACACAGGUUUUUGAGGUGCCCAGCCCCCUUUCCCCAAAGCAUUUCUCACUCAGUGCCAGCCAGAGAUGCUGAGGCCCAAGCACUGAAUACCAGUCUCUUCGCACAACAACAAUAACACCCUCUGUAGGGCACAGCAUUUCACUCCACAUUUGUUUCUCCUCCCAAAAUACGUAAUACUCUCUGAAAAGAACCCUACCUUCUCAACAUUUCAGUGACACUGAGAACUGACAAAAACUGCCACUCCCAAAUUCAGGUGAAAGGAGCCAUGUCAGUGUUUGAGGGCUGCCAUUUUGUUUUUGGACCGUUCAGACUGACUGUCAACACAGGUCAGGUAAGGGUUAGUCGGCGGUGGAGUGAGGCCUCAUUUGAAUUGAUGGGAGUGAGGCACCUGCUCCCUGAGUGCUCUGUGAUUUGUCCCUGGCUGGAGUUCAUUAUGACUGACAAUGUAGCGCUGACGAGAGGAAUUAAAAUAAUCAUUUCAUGAUGAUA